AAGUUCUCCCAUCUCCUCUUCCUCUUCCUCUUCCUCCGCCUCCUUCCCAGUUACUUCCCUGUCUCUACGUCUUUGCACUCAAAACCCCUCACCACUCUUUUCUUUCUUCCUAAUCUCUCUCUCUCUCUCUCUCUCUCUCUCUCUCUCUCUCUCUCACUCUAUAUUCAAAUCUAUCUCGCCAGGGUUCGAGUUCCAGAGCUCUCUUUUUCUCUAUAUAUUUUUUAUACAUCUAUUUUAUAUAUUCCUCUCCCCCGCCCCCCACCCACUUCCUCAAAUAAACAAACCACAAACAGUUUUAAAUCUCGGCCUUGUUCCAUUUUUUAUAUUUUCCUUGUUUUCUGUUGCUUGUGUUUCUGUUCCUUUUGAUGUUGUUGUGUUUAUGGCUGGCUUGGAUUUAGGCACUGCUUCUCAUUACAUUCAUCAGCUCCACCGCUCGGAUUUGCACCUCCAGAGACAGCCCCAUCAUGACGAUGAUGAAAAUAAGGGUCGGAAUCUGGACCAGUUUUCCGACGACCACCAAGGCCUUGAGCUCGUCGCCACCAACGCCUGCUCCAGCGAUCUCGUUGCUCGCCGCCCCAGAGGUCGGCCACCCGGAUCCAAGAACAGGCCAAAGCCGCCCGUUAUUAUCACUAGAGAGAGUGCAAACACCCUCCGAGCUCAUAUUCUGGAGGUCGGCAAUGGCUGCGACGUCUUCGAGUGCGUGGCGACGUACGCCCGCCGCCGGCAGCGCGGGAUCUGCAUACUGAGCGGCAGUGGGACGGUGACGAACGUGAGUUUGAGGCAGCCGGCCUCGCCUGGCGCUGUGGUUGCCCUACAUGGGAGAUUCGAGAUUCUGUCGUUGUCAGGAUCGUUCUUGCCCCCGCCGGCGCCGCCGGGGGCCACGAGCUUGACGGUGUUUCUGGCUGGAGGGCAGGGCCAGGUGGUGGGAGGGAACGUGGUGGGCGAGCUGGUGGCGGCUGGGCCGGUGAUUGUGAUUGCGGCGUCGUUUACUAACGUUGCUUAUGAGAGGCUGCCGUUGGAAGAUGAGGAUCAGCUGCAGAUUCAGCCGCCCGUGUCGCAGGCAUCCGGAGGAGGCGGGCUUCUUCACGGCGGCAACAACCCCUUUCCGGAUCCAUCUUCCGGCCUUCCUUUCUUCAAUUUGCCUCUCAAUAUGCCUAAUUGUCAGUUGCCCGUGGAUGGACCAUGGGCAGCAAAUUCAGCUGGCCGCCCGCCAUUUUGAUGAAAUCCCGGCUUCUAUUUAACUUCCAAGUUUCCAUUCGGGUGAAAAUAGGCUUCUUGAUGAAUCAGAAAAUGUCAGAAAAUUUAGUGUUACAUUGUCAUGAAUCAUGAUCAUCAUGGUUCUUCUUCUCUUCUCCGAGUUGUAUUCGCUUCUUUUUUUUUUUCUUCUACUCUUUAAUAUCUUUUUGCAUCUUCUGUAUCUUUGGUUUCUGGAAAUAGUCUUCUUCUUGUUGUUCUUCAUGAUGUAA